UGUAAAUCCAACAUCACGUCAAUAGGACCAAGGAGAAUCCAUUAACAAACCCAAUUCCCAAAAGAAUCUCUGCGCCCAGAAGAGUUAAAGAUCGCCGGCGCCUCAGAAUGGGAAGUUUCUAUAAGAUUAUCCUCCCCUCCGUCAUGCUCUACCACAGGCUUAGAAUCGCAGAGGAUUUCUCAAAGAAAUAUGGAGAUGAACUCUCUGCCUCGGUCAAGUUCACUGUUCGCAGUGGUCAAGUUUGGCGCGUGGGAGUAGAAAAAGCUGAUGAGAUGCAUUGGUUUAGUGAUGGUUGGAAAGAAUUUUCCAAGAGCCACUCUAUUGGUUGUGGAUUCUUUGUAGUGUUCAAUUAUGAAGGGAAUUUGGAGUUCAAGGUACUUAUAUUUGAUUUUACUGCUACUGAGAUUUACAAUCCACGAAAAACUCUCAGCAUCUCUGAUGAACCAGAUAAAGGAAAGCAGCGUCCAGUCUCCCAUGAAGGGGAAAGGAGAAGCAAUGACACUCUUCAGAAAUUGAGUUGCCGUCCAUCAAGGCCAGUGCUUGUUUCUUUGGAAAAAGGAAUUCUUGAUGGAUGUCAGGAUAAAAGAAGAACUGGUAAAAGAUGCUGUCAUUCAUUGAUUCAGGACAUGUAUGAGUUUGCCCCUGAAGUUGCUAUCAGAAUCAACAAGCGUGGAAGAUGUAUUUCUUCCUUGGAGAGCUUGAGAUGUAAUUUCCAGUAUUUUUCACCAGAAAUAAUUAUAUAAAAUGGAAGAUCAUGGGAAGAUAAGGUAAAUAGUGUAACCCUAUCGUGGAAAGGCAAAAUGAAAGCUAGUGAAAUGUCUAAUUCACAAAGGCUGUCAGUGUAGAAAACUGAAAAGGAGAAGUGGAAUGUGAUGAAGAACGUGGAUAAUUUAACGGCAGCAGAUCGAUUUGGUCAAAAGUGUUGCCUUUCUAAUGGGGGUAGACUUAAAAGGGACGUCAA